AUGCGUCUCCAACUGUCCCUGCUGGUGGUGCUGCUGGCGGGCACGGCCUCCACCCACGCCGCCAUCUUCGACUUCGCGCCCCAGAAUCCCGAGAUGCAGACGCUGACGAAGUUCCUGACGAGGCCUGGCGAUUCUCACGACCGUAGCCAACCAGUGGAGAACCUGCUUACCAGAGACGUGCUUCCACCUCCUGAUGAUUACCUUCCGCCACCUAAGGACGGGUACCUGCCUCCUCCUCCUGAUGGUUACCUGCCCCCACCUGUGGAUGGCUACCUGCCCCCACCUAAGGACGACUACCUGCCCCCACCUAAGGACGACUACCUGCCCCCACCUGUCGACGGCUACCUGCCCCCACCUAAGGACGACUACCUGCCCCCACCUGUCGACGGCUACCUGCCCCCACCUAAGGACGACUAUCUACCCCCACCUAAGGACGACUACCUGCCCCCACCUACAGAAGAUUAUUUGCCACCACCUCCCGAUGAUUACCUGCCUCCAUCUGUCCAUAGUUCUUAA